UUUAAAUAAUUCAGAGGAACUUCAACGAGGCAAUAAAUUAAGAAAUAAAUCAUUGGAUAAAACUGAUGGAGGGGAAAUGAAAUGGUUUGUAAAGGAUAUAUAUUAUCCGAAAGAGAAAGAUUUAGCCAGACAAAGAGAAAUAAAAAAUAUGGGGCGAUGGAUCCUACGUUGGGACCUUUAUGACAACAAGUUCAAAUUCGGAAAAGCUAAUAGAACAGAUUACUUAAUGUAUUCAAGAUGGCGAUUUUUAUAUGAACCUCCUAUUUCAAACAUUAUCGAUUUUUUUAAUAAUUUGUAA